AUGGCGUCGUCGGAGGAGAAGCGAGUGGAGGACGAGUUAUCGUACCCGAUUAUGGUGGCGGAGCGAGUUCGCUCGGCGGUGGACGAGGCCGACUCCUUCAAACACGAGUGCUCGGAGGUGUGGAAGCAGGUCGAUCGCCUCCUUCAAAUGCUCCGAACGCUCGUCCGCUUCGCUACCGCCACAACUACUUCGGCCCCCGCGCCGCCGCUCUAUGAGCGUCCUAUCCGCCGCGUCGCUGCCGAGAUGGCGAAGAAUCUCGACCGCGCCCUCGCCCUUGUGCGCAAGUGCAAGCGCCGGAGCAUCCUCCACCGCGUCGUCUCCAUAGUCGGCGCUGCCGAUUUCCGGAAAGUCCUCGCCCACCUCGACGCGUCCGUCGGCGAUAUGAAGUGGCUCCUCAGCAUCUUCGACGCCGACGGUGGCAUUGUCCUCUCUCUCCCUCCGAUCGCCAGCAACGACCCCAUUCUCUCUUGGGUAUGGUCUUUCAUCGCUUCCCUUCAAAUGGGUCAAUUAAACGAUAGAGUUGAGGCUGCGAAUGAACUUGCUUCUUUAGCACAAGAUAACGAUAGGAAUAAGAAGAUCAUAGUUGAGGAAUGUGGGGUGCCUCCUUUGUUGAAGCUUUUCAAAGAAGGGACUUCCCCUCUUGCUCAAAUUGCUGCCGCUAGUGCUUUGUGUCAUUUGGCUAAUGAUUUGGAUAGGGUUAGAGUGAUUGUGAGUGAGCUUGGUGUGCCUGCUGUUGUGCAGGUUCUUAGUGACUCCCCCAUGAGGGUUCAGACCCUGGCUGCCAAUUUGGUUGCCAGGAUGGCAAAGCAUGACCCCGUGGCCCAGGAGGAUUUUGCCCGGGAGAACGUGAUUAGACCGCUUGUGACACUCUUGUCGUUUGAUACCUUUGUGGAUGAUUCAUUAGGGCAUUUGGGGAAGCAGAGUAUUCAUUCUAUUGUUCAGAUUAAUAAGGAGUUGGGAAAGGGUAACCGGGGAGGUCGCCAUUUUUCGAAUUCCUACUCGAAUUCGUAUUUGUCUAUGGAGGGAAGUAGCCGGGGAGGGAAUCAUAGGAAGGAUAGGGAGAAUGAGGAUCCUGCGGUGAAGCUUCAGCUGAAGGUUAGUUGCGCUGAGGCUUUGUGGAUGCUUGCGCAAGGGAGUGUGACCAACAGUAGGAAGAUAACUGAGACCAAAGGGAUGCUUUGUUUGGCUAAGAUUGUUCAGAAUGAGCAAGGAGAGCUGCAGUUUAAUUGCUUGAUGACGAUAAUGGAGGUAACUGCAGCUGCUGAAUCCAAUGCUGACCUUCGGCGAGCAGCGUUUAAGACCAAUUCUCCGGCUGCUAAGACUGUUGUGGAACAGCUGCUGAGGAUAAUUACAGAGGUGGAUAGCCCGGCAUUGCAAAUUCCAGCGAUGAAGUCCAUUGGUGCGUUGGCUAGGACGUUUCCCGCUAGAGAGACUCGGGUAAUUGAACCUCUAGUGGCACAGAUGAGUAAUAGAAAUGUAGAAGUAGCAGAUGCGGCAGCAGUUGCUCUUACCAAAUUUGCUUCUCCGGAUAAUUUUCUACAUGUGGAGCAUUCUAAGAAGAUAAUUGAAUUCAACGGCAUCCCGGCCCUGAUGAGACUGCUUAGGAGUAAUGAAGUUGCCCAGAUGCACCACGGACUAACUCUUCUUUGCUACCUUGCACUGCAUGCUGGCAACAGUGAGUCCUUGGAACAAGCAAGGGUGUUGACAGUGCUAGAGGGUGCAGACAGAACAGUUCUUCCUCAGCAUAUGAAGGAUUUGGUCUCCAGGGCAAUAAUCCACCUCAAUUUGUAUCAUGCAGGAAUGAAUUCUCAAAGGAUGUCAUAUUUGCCUUGA